AUGGCAGCUAUUACUACCAUGGACGUCCGCAGCAGCUACCGGAAGAAAGAGGGUGCAGUGCCAAGGCAAGCGAGUCCUUAUAUCUGGCAUGAAGAUUGUCGCGAUCAAAAGUCCAUCAGUGACCAUCAUCGUGAAAACCAGCACAGUACUUUUGGAACGAAUCAUGAGACCCAGUUCCGAUCGCAGAGUGAGAAGCCUUAUAAAGACAGCCUCGCCUCUAACUCUGGACAGGAGAGGCCUGGGGACCUGCUCCCAGAGAGUCUGCUAACUGGGGCCCAGAGGAAUAAGCCGGCACUGACCAAUGAGUCCAACCUUCUCCAGCAGCACGAGUCUGGUCUCAGCUCCAGCAGCUGCGAGCUCAGUCAGUACAUGGCGGACGCCUCUGAGCUGUACCACCCCACGGCCGCAGCAGCUUGGAGUCCCGUGCAGGCCGAGGCUGUCUCGGCGGCUGGUCCCAAGGCGCCCAUGAAGUUCUACAUCCCUCAUGUGCCUGUGAGUUUUGGGCCAGGAGGCCAGCUGGUGUGCGUGGGUUCCGGCUCGCUCAGUGAUGGGCAAACAGCCCUUGUUGAACUGCACAGCAUGGAGGUUAUUCUUAAUGAUUCUGAGGAACAAGAAGAGAUGAGAACUUUCUCAGGACCCCUGAUCGGGGAGAACGUACACAAGGUGGACAUCAUGACGUUUUGCCAGCAGAAAGCCAUUCAGAGUCGCAGAUCUGAGACACCAGGGAGCAGAGACUCGGCUCUGCUGUGGCAGCUGUUGGUUCUCCUGUGUCGGCAGAACGGGUCCAUGGUGGGGUCAGACAUUGCGGAGCUGCUGAUGCAAGACUGCAGGAAGCUGGAGAAGUACAGCAGGCAGCCGCCUGUGGCCAACCUCAUCACCCUCACCGAUGACGACUGGCCAGUGCUCAGCUCGGGGGCCCCCAACCUGCUCACCGGGGAGAGUCCCCCCAGCGUGGAGACGCCGGCGCAGAUCGUGGAGAAAUUCACCAAACUGCUCUACUAUGGAAGGAAGAAGGAAGCCUUGGAGUGGGCCAUGAAGAACCACCUGUGGGGUCAUGCUUUGUUCCUGUCCAGCAAGAUGGACCCAAGGACCUACAGCUGGGUUAUGAGUAGCUUCACCAGCACGCUGGCGCUCAACGACCCGCUGCAGACCCUCUUCCAGCUCAUGUCGGGGAGGACCCCACAAGCAGCCACGUGUUGUGGGGACAAGCAGUGGGGAGACUGGAGGCCUCACCUGGCAGUGAUUCUGUCAAAUCAGGGUGGGGACCCGGAGCUGCAUCAGCGCACAAUCGUCACCAUGGGGGACACCCUGGCGGGGAAAGGGCUGGUGGAGGCAGCUCACUUCUGCUACCUCAUGGCUCACGUGCCCUUUGGCCACUACACGGUGAAGACGGACCACCUGGCCCUGCUGGGCAGUAGCCACAGUCAAGCGUUUCUGAAAUUCGCAACAACCGAGGCUAUCCAGAGGACGGAAAUCUUCGAGUUCUGUCAGACGCUGGGCCGCCCCCAGUCCUUCAUCCCUUCUUUCCAGGUUUAUAAGCUCCUUUAUGCUGCCCGGCUGGCGGAUUACGGCCUUGCGUCCCAGGCCUUGCAUUACUGCGAAGCCAUCGGCACGGCCCUACACAGCCAGGGAGAGAGCGGUCACCCUGUGCUGCUGGCGGAACUCAUCAAGCUGGCAGAGAGGCUGAAGCUGUCGGAUCCUCUGGUGCUGGAGAGACGCCGGGGAGACGCGGACCAGGAGCCAGCGUGGCUUCUGCGCCUCCGGAGGCAGCGCCAGGAGCUGGAGCAAAAGGUAGCAGGAAAUACUGGGGAUCCCUGGUCUGCUCACUCCGAUGUUUCGGGAGCCAGAGGAACAACAGAAAACACUUCCUAUCAGGAUCUUUCAAGACAUCAAGGUGACUCAGAAACCCGUGGGGACUGCUCAGCCCCGUGGCCAGCAGCAGAGCAGAUAAGGCCUGCCGGACCCAGCCCACAGCAGCCUUUUCAUGUCCAGCUGGGCUCCUACCCAGCGGGAGGAGGUUCAGGGCAGAUGGGGGUCCCGGUGCCUCUUUACUCGGUUCCCGAGACCCAUCUGCCCGGGACAGGUGGCGGCAUAGCAGUGACAGAGGCCCCUGGAGGAAUGGCCUGGGAGGGAACCCAGCAGACACACCCGCCCCCUGGUGAAGACGCAGAAUCUCAAGAAACCGUCCAGCGUCCUGAUGGUCAAAUGGCCGCUUCCACGCCGCAGGUGCCACCGAUUCCCCAAGCACACAGUCCUUCUGAGGGUUCCACUGCUUUGGUCAAGGAGGAUGAGGGGGAGUCCUCCGAUGAGGCAGAUGAAAAGUCUUCCCAAAACACUACACAGGGAGAAAAGAGGUCAGGGUUUGGCUGGUUCAGCUGGUUUCGCUCGAAGCCCCCCGACAAGGUGCCCCCCUCCGGAGACGAGGACUCCCCCGACGGCCCCGACUCUGAGACCCGCAGAGGGUCUGCGCCCCGCCGGGCUAGCCCAGGCCUCUCACUGACACCUCUCCCACAGCCCCAGCCUCUACCGGCGACCGGCACCUUCUCCACGGGUACAGGUAGGGGUGAUGUCCGAAGACCAGCGUCCAGUUGGGGAACAGCCGAGGGCACUGGGAGUGGAGGCUUAUCUGGGCCUGAGGGUGUCUCCUCUGAGCUCUACUUCAGCCCUGGCGUUCUGCUUCCUCCACCCCCCAUGAAAGGGGCUGUUCCUCUCUACAACCCAGCUCAGGUCCCCCAGCUCCCCGUGACCACUAGCCUGACCCGGCCGAAUCGCCUGGCUCAGCGCCGCUAUCCCACCCAGCCGUGAGGAGGACGGCCACCCACCCCCACGUUUAUGUCACUCUCCUUUAUCAGUCUCCCAG